AACUCCAAUCAAAAUGGCGACCGUGAACGUUAAUCGCAGCGUGACGGACAUCUUCUACCGCUACAAGAUGCCGCGCCUGCAGGCCAAGGUCGAGGGCAAGGGAAAUGGCAUUAAGACCGUUCUGGUCAACAUGGCCGAGGUGGCACGCGCCAUCGGACGACCGGCCACGUAUCCAACCAAGUAUUUUGGAUGCGAGUUGGGAGCCCAAACCUUGUUUGAUCAUAAGAAUGAACGUUUUAUUGUAAAUGGUUCCCAUGAUGUGAACAAGCUGCAGGAUCUGUUGGAUGGCUUUAUUCGCAAAUUUGUUUUGUGCCCCGAGUGUGACAAUCCGGAAACCAAUUUGACCGUUUCGGCCAAGAAUCAGACUAUUUCGCAGUCCUGCAAGGCCUGCGGCUUCCAUGGACUGCUGAAGGUCAAUCACAAGGUAAACACGUUCAUUGUGAAGAAUCCACCUUCGUUGAACCCGGCCGCCCAGGGCUCCUCACUCACUGAGGGCAAGCGCUCAAAGAAGCAAAAGCAAAAGAAUGAGAAUUCAGACGGUUCGAUGUCCAACAACUCGAUGGCGAACAACUCUGGCGGUGAGUCGGAUGGCGGUAAUGGUUCGAAUCAGGCUAGCCAAACGGAGGCCGAGAUAAGUGCUGCAAUUCCGGAAAAGAACAUAGCUGAGGAUGAUGAUGAGGGCUGGAGCGUUGAUGUGUCGAAGGAAGCUAUACGUGCACGCUUGCAGGAUCUGACUGACGGAGCCAAGGGCAUGACCAUUUCGGAUGACUACGACAAGACCGAAAAGGAACGCAUCGAUAUCUUUUAUGAGCUGGUCAAGGACAAGCGGGACAAGAAGCAACUAGAUGAUCUGGCCACCCAUAAGGAACUGUUUAUCGAGGCAGAGCGUCUGGAUAUUCUCAACAAGGCGCCCAUGGUCUUGGCCGAGCUCCUUUUCAGCGAGAACAUCAUCAAGGAGGUGCAGAAGAAUCGUCAUUUGCUGCUUCGCUUCACCUUCAAUAAUCCGAAGGCUCAGCGUUAUCUAAUCGGCGGCGUUGAACAGACCGUUGAGCUGCACACGAGCACAUUGAUGUCCAAGGUGGCCGGUAUCUUCAAGAUAUUCUAUGACCAGGAUAUACUCGAUGAGAAGGUCAUCCUAGACUGGGCACAAAAGGUAAGCAAGCGUCAUGUCUCGAAGAAAAUUGCCACGGAGAUACACGAGAAGGUGAUGCCGUUCGUCCUCUGGCUUAAGAACGCCGAAGAGGAGUCCUCGGAUAGCGAAGAGGACGAUGACGACGGGCUGCCAGAGGAUUCCGAAGAGGAGGAUGACGGAUACUGUUAUAAGAAUAAAAAUAAUAAACAACAACAGCAACAGCAACAAGGCGGCGAUGACGGAGAUGGAGACAUUGACAUUGAUGAUAUAUAAAGCGAGCUAAGCGGCGGCGGCGACGGCGUAAUCUCCAUAGCAGAGCGUAAUCAGAAGGAAAAAAACCGAAUCGGCAUAAACGUUAACGAGUUUCAACAAUGGUCUUAGUGGUAUCUCUCUGCCUACAGGUUUAGUUUGUUUUUCAAAAUCGUUCGGUUCAAAACAUCGCAAGGAUCCUGACGUCCUGUUACGCAUGUUGCGCCAACUUUGCUUUAGUUUGAUUUAUCGCUUUGCUACCAUUCAAUUGUAAGCAUUACAUUUAACCAAGCUGCUGUAACAAUAGACGUUAAUUGAACUUAAUUACACCAA